GCUGACGUAGGCAAAGUAAUCUACGAUACCUCAACAUCGUGUCGGACUUGCCCUAUUAUAUUCUAUCGAAGCUACUCCUCCAGGCGUUUCCGGAAGAGGCCGGAGGAAGGGAAGCGCGGGGGUGGAACAAAGAAAGAUGACAUCCAGAGAUCAAAAGAAGGCUGUCUUGCAUGAGAAGCUGCAGCUGCUUCGAUCUGUCACCAACUCCAGCGCACUAAGCAAAGCUUCUAUUAUAGUGGACGCGUCAAAAUACAUCCAAGAGCUGAAGCAAAAGGUGGAAGCAUGCAAACCAGAUCUCGCGGAGGAAAGCUCCCUCCCCAUGGUUACUGUCGAAACCCUAGAAAAGGGUUUCUGGAUCAAUGUAUUCUCCGACAAGAACUGCCCGGGCAUGCUUGUCUCCGUUCUUCAGGCAUUCCAGGAACUUGGUCUUGAUGUGCUGGAUGCAACCAUCUCCUCCGCCGACUCAUUUCGUCUUGAAGCUGUUGGAGGAGAACCGCAGAAUGAGAGCGUGGAUGCACAGAUGGUGAGGCAAGUGGUGGUGCAAGCUAUUAAGAAGUGUAUGGGAAGUUAAAGCAACGAGCAAAACCAGAAGGAGAAUGGAGGAGCAAAAGGGUCUCUAAAAGAUGGGAGAAAAAUAGUAGAACAGAAUUGUGCAGCUUUCUCCAAAGUGCAAGCGAG